GAGAGAGAGAGAAAGAGAGAGAGAGGGGUUUGUGGUGGUAAGGAAAAACAGAAGCACAGCAGGGCCAGGCAGGUAUUAUCAGACUCCUUAAGGAAUUUACAGAGCCUCUCAGCUUCGUCUUUUCCUUUUCUCGUGAUCUUUCUCUCUCUAUAAUCUCUCUUUCUCUAUCCUCUUUUCUCUUUAUGUGUGCUUAUAAAAAUUCCUCUUCAUUUCCAACACUUUUAAAGGGGCUACAGCUCCAAACCUACCUAGACACAUCCAACGGGAUAAUUUUGAGAGACCACCAAAGAGAGGUCUUUUCUUCUAGAAGAAAAAGAAGAAGAAAGGGUUUAUAUCAUAUCAUCAAAAGAAGACAAGAAAGGAGAAGUUUUUAAAGAAUUUUGUGAAGAACCCAGUUGGUGGAUUUUUAUUUGGAGGGAAACAAAAAAGAGAGGAUUUUGAAGUACCCAUUUGGAUCAAAAGUAGUGUUUUAGAUCAAGAAAAAAUGACAAAUAGUUGUGGAAGAAAUGGAGCUGUUAGGCAGUACAUAAGAUCAAAAGUUCCUCGUUUGAGAUGGACUCCUGAACUUCAUCACUGUUUUGUUCAUGCUAUCGAGAGGCUUGGAGGCCAUAAAAAGGCCACACCGAAACUUGUUCUUCAGUUGAUGGAUGUAAAAGGACUCACUAUUUCACAUGUCAAAAGCCAUCUCCAGAUGUAUAGGAGCAUGAGAGGAGAUCUUGGCUGCAGACAAGAUAGAGAUUCAUCCCAACAAAGGAAGCAAAGUUUUAAAGAGCAUGAUCAUCAACAUAGCCUUAUUGACGGCCAUGAUCAAGUAAAUGGUGUGGGUUUUAACCGGCCAUCUUCAAAACGCAUUCGGGAAUCAGAUUCUCAGCUUUACAGUUCUCUUCCUUCCAAAAGAGCUAGAAUGGAGACAAGAAGUUCAAAUAUAUCAGAAUGCCACGAACAAGAAGAAAGUAGAAUAUCAUCGUGUGAGAAACUAGUAUCGAAUCCGUACUGUUUUGAUGAUUAUCUGAUGGCAUUGGCUGAGCGGAAUUAUGGAAUAAAGGAGCAGCCGCUGCUGCAGCAGCAGCAUACGCAGCCUCAUCAAUAUUCCACAGCAGCUGCCUUCUCUCUGCCACCACAACAUCAUCUUUUCACGAACCUCAACCCUUUCAAAUACGCUGUCCAGGAAUCUGAUUUCUUCAAGGUUAACGAGCCUGAUCAGGAUGAACGGCAUGAAGCGAAGCAAUUACAUAGAUACGAAAAAUCUACGGAGGCAGAGACGGAUCAAGACAUAGAAUUAGCCGGGGGGUGUUGCGAUUUGUCGUUGUCACUCUCAUUGCAUGAUCAUCAACAUAAUCCCUCUUCAAAUAGAAGUAAUGCUUCUUCAACGAGUGAAAUCAGCGUGGCAAUCUCAUCGUACUCUUUGUCUGCGGCGGCUAAAUAUAAAGACUGCUCUAUCUCAUCUUCUACGGCGAAACACAGUCUUAACUUAGAUCUUUCUGUUGCUCUAUGCGGCAACUGAAGAGAGUACUAAAUAGUAGAAUCGUCAUGUUUUAGGCCAUGUCACUUGUCUGCUUUUUAUUAUCCAUAUUUCUUGUCUUUUUCUGUUAUAGUUUUUUCCGAUAGUAAAUUCCUCUAAUUCGUCUCUUUUCA